AUGGCACAAUAUUGGCAAUUAAUAGCUCACCCUGAUAAUCCUCAUUCUGGAGAUUAUGGAUAUUCCAACGAUGAUAUGCAGAGAUUUGGUGCUAUUGAAGGUUUGGGUGUUUAUAAAGCCAUAGAAAAUGCUGCUGAUCGCAAUGUUAAUAUCAGGCUUUUACAGCACUCUGGAGUGUAUCCUGAUUAUACUGAAGAACCAUCCAAGCUUGCUUCAGGAAGACCAAAUGUGAAGAAUGUCACAUUAUUGCUUAGUCAGUGGUGGGGAUCGGGUGUAGUACAUGCAAAAGUUUGGAUAUCAGAUCAUCGGGAUGUCUAUAUUGGAUCUGCAAAUAAUGACUGGAAAUCUCUCACUCAGGUACUAUGA